UAAUGCUUUAAUAGUGAAGACAUAAUGGUAAAAAAACGUUCUGUACACAUUAACCAUAUAGUGGAGAUCCCGAGGGAUCCUUAUUAUAUACCAAAUUACAGCUUAGUUGAUAUUUUAAACACUCUUGAUAACCAAAGCAUAGAUAUUAAUGGAGCAUCCACAGCACAAACAGAACCACAAAUAAACGCAGUGUUAACAGCUUUAAUGAACGCAUCAUCUCCAAGUUCCCCAACCCAUAUGCAGUCACCGGUGUUUACACAAGGAUCACAACAAAAUCUACAAUACAAAUCCGCACCAAAACCAUUCAUUAAUAUUGUGGAACAACCAGCUACAAAGCCACUUAAAUUUCGUUAUAAAAGUGAAUGUGAGGGACGUUCGGCCGGUUCUAUACCUGGCCUGAAUUCUACACCCGAAAAUAAAACGUAUCCCACUAUUGAAAUAGUGGGAUAUAAAGGUGAUGUUGUCAUAGUUGUAUCAUGUGUUACAAAGGAUCCGCCAUAUAGACAACAUCCACAUUAUUUGGUGGGCAAAGAUGGUUGCAAAGAUGGUAUAUGUACCCUUGUCUUAAGCGGCGAACCUCUGCAAGCAGUUUUCUCUAAUUUAGGUAUACAAUGUGUGAAGAAAAAUGACAUCAAAGCUGCAUUGGAAGUACGUGAGCGUCUACAAGUGGAUCCAUUUAAAACGAAAUUCGGACACAAAGAUCAACCGGCGAGCAUAGAUUUAAAUGUGGUACGUUUGUGUUUUCAGGCUUUUUUAAAAACUGAGUCAGGUGUGAAACCAUUACAACCUGUUGUAUCGGAACCAGUUUUUGAUAAGAAAGCUAUGUCAGACCUCGUCAUUUGUAGACUUUGUUGCUGUUCAGCAAAAGUAGGUGGCGGUGAUGAAAUUAUUUUGUUAUGCGAGAAGAUUGCCAAAAAUGAUAUUAAGACUAUUAAAAUAAGAUUUUAUGAGCUCAAUAAUGACAAUCAACUUGUAUGGGAAGAUUUUGCUAAAUUUCGGCCAGCAGAUAUACACAAACAGACAGCUAUUACAUUUAAAACUCCACCUUAUCACAAUCAAGACGUAUUAGAGAAAGCAAAGGUUUUUAUUCAAUUGGUGCGGCCGUCUGAUGGAGUUCAAAGUGAAUCUAUACCAUUCGAGUACCACCCAGAUCCAGAUCAGAUCAAGCGUAAACGUCUUAAGACUGGCGGAAACCCAAUGAAUAUUCUUAGAAGAGAAUUACAGAAAUAUGAGAAACAGCAAAAUGCUCAAUUUCAAAAUGAUAUUAAAGAUAUUUCAAAUAUUAACAAUAAUUAUUUCUGCAAUACACCAAUGAUGCCUGACAUCAAAGCCGAACCAGUUACGUUCGCACAACAUUUUGGAUCAUAUCGUAGUCCUUAUCAAAUGUCACCAUCCCCGCAACCAGUUUCUCCGAUGAAUCGGAACUCAACCCCUUCACCAGGUCUUAUGAAAACAUUUAGUGGCAAUAGUCAAACACAAAUGAGUGAUAUUUUUAACAUGGGAACUAUGAGAGAACAAACAAGUCCUACCGGAUAUGUGCAACAACAACAACUAGCCGCACAGCAACAACAACAACUAGCCACACAACAACAGCAACUCUACCUCAAUGACAAUUCACUUAAUUCUCUUAAAAUGAAUGGCGAUACCUGUGAUAUGAAUAAAUUUACAACUCUGGGAACGAGUACACAAAACUUUAUGAAUAACACCAAUGGCAAUGGAAGUAUUACUGCCAAUAGAAAUCUUACCACUAAUGGAAAUGGUGAUUCCCAAAUUAUAAAUAGCUUUAUAAAUCAUUUAGCCAAUGCUCCAACCACCUGUGGCGGUAGUAUCACACCACUUUGGUCAGUCGAUGAUAAUGCCAAUAUGCAUAAUGUGCCACUCUUCCAGAAUUUGGUGAUGCCAGUAAUGCAACAACAGCAACCACAGCAACAACAAAAUCAGCAAUUACAUCAAUCACCAGUUCAUGAACAAAAUCAACAACACCAACACCAACAUCAACACCAACACCAACAUCAACCAUCACAAAGUACAAUGAACUUUUUACCAAAUGUCUCAGGAGAGGAGGGCACCACUCUUAGUGGAUUAUUAGCCUUUGUAGAUGGUGAAAAUUUCGUGAAUUUCACUUCAGACGAUUUGCCACUAUCCAAUUUAUCGAUAACAACAUAAUAUAUGAAUGUUAUA